AAUUCUUAGGGACCCGAGUUCGAUUGAAGGCAGUCACAUAUCGGACAAAUCUCUCAUCACGUCUCUGAGCUUCGCCUUCAACACCGUCGUCGCCGUCACGGCCAAAUCCGUAAGAUUGGAAGCUGUUGUUUCGAAUCGAUUCAAGCCUCGAUUCUGAGUUUCGGAUCCAUAUUAGAAGCUAAGGUGGGAGCUUUUUGAGUGACGGAGCUAUGGUGUGGUGUAACCAUUGCGUGAAGAAUGUUCCCGGAAUACGCCCUUAUGAUGGUGCAUUGGCAUGUAAUUUGUGUGGGAGGAUAUUGGAGAAUUUCAAUUUUUCUACCGAAGUUACAUUCGUUAAGAAUGCUGCUGGACAGAGCCAAGCCUCAGGUAACAUAGUGAGCAGUGUUCAAAGUGGGAUUCCAAGCUCACGUGAAAGGAGAUAUAGAAUAGCUAGAGAUGAGUUUACGAAUUUGAGAGAUGCAUUGGGAAUUGGUGAUGAGAGAGCUGAUGUGAUUGACAUGGCUGUUCUAUUCUUUAAAUCUGCAGUUGAGCAGAAUUUCACUAAAGGCCGCAGAACUGAACUAGUACAGGCUUCCUGUCUCUACUUGACUUGCAGGGAAUUGAACGUUCCGUUUCUUCUUAUUGAUUUCUCAAGCUACCUUCGAGUUAGCGUUUAUGAGUUAGGUUCUGUGUACUUGCAACUCUGUGAAAUGCUGUACAUUGCGGAUAACCGUAAUUAUGAAAAGCUUGUUGAUCCUUCAAUUUUCAUCCCUCGAUUCUCAAACAGCUUAUUGAAAGGAACAAAAGUUAAAGGUGUUGUUGAAACAGCUAGAGACAUUAUUGCUAGUAUGAAGAGAGAUUGGAUACAGACCGGCCGGAAGCCUAGUGGAAUAUGUGGAGCAGCACUUUACACAGCUGCUCUUUCUCAUGGUAUCAAGUGCUCUAAGUCAGAUAUUGUAAACAUUGUGCAUAUAUGUGAAGCAACUCUAACCAAACGAUUGACUGAGUUUGGAAAUACGGAGUCUGGAAAUUUAAAUGUUGUUGAGCUAAGAGAAAGGGAAUCGCAGAAAAUAUCUUUUACCACGAAACCAACCUCAAACAAAGAGGCAGUGUUCUGUAUGCAUCAGGAUAGUAAGCCUUUUGGUUAUGGACUAUGUAAAGAUUGCUACGAAGAUUUCAUAAAAGUUUCUGGUGGACUUGUUGGUGGGUCCAAUCCUCCUGCUUUCCAGCGCGCAGAGAAAGAGCGAAUGGACAAAGCAGCUAGAGAUGAAAACGAGGGGGGAAUUGGUAGCCUAAACCACGAUGAACAACUAUACUCCGACUAUUGCAGUAUGAGCAAAAGCGAAAAACAAUGUUCUGAGAAAGGUGAAAAAAAUAAAGAUGGGGCUGAAGAACAUGCUGAUACUUCGGAUGAAUCAGACAACUUUUCUGACAUCAGUGAUGAUGAGGUAGAUGGCUAUAUCAACAACGAGGAGGAAACACACUAUAAGACGAUCACAUGGACAGAAAUGAACAAAGAUUAUCUUGAGGAGCAAGCUGCUAAGGAAGCAGCUCUGAAGGCGGCUAGUGAAGCUUUAAAAGCUAGCAACUCUAAUUGCCCAGAACAUGCAAGAAAGGCUUUCGAAGCUGCCAAAGCUGAUGCGGCAAAAUCUAGAAAGGAAAAGCAACAAAAGAAAGCUGAGGAAGCAAAGAAUGCGGCUCCCCCAGCCACAGCAAUGGAAGCGGUUCGCCGAACGCUUGAGAAAAAGAGACUAAGUUCGGUGAUCAAUUACGAUGUUUUGGAGGAGCUAUUUGAUACAUCCACAGCUGAGAAAUCACCCAAGAGGUCGAAAACUGAGACAGACAUUGAGAAGAAGGAAGUGAAGAGCAAUGAACAUGAGAAAGGUGAAAAUGAAGAUGAAGCUGAAGAGGAUGAAGAAGAAGGCAAUGUAGAAUCAUACGACAUGAGCACAGAUUUUCAAGACGGGGAGAAAUUCUAUGAAGAGGACGAGGAAGAAGAAGAGGAUGGUCGAGUAUUUAAGACCAAUAAAGUUCAUCUCAAACCGAAUCCGACGGUCGAGAUUUCACCUGCAAAACUUGACAUCGGAUACGUAUUCAAUGGUCAACGGAUCAGCUACGAGUGCCGUUUGAGGUUCAAACUUCUGUUUCUGAGUUUGAAUCCAGCGGCUUCUUCUCCAGAUGAGAUGGAUCUUCAGGAAGAAGCAGGUGAAGUGAAAAUUGAGGAUCAGUGUGUAGAAAACAAGCAAUCGACACCUGCUUCGUGCUCUUCUGUAUCUGAAGGUAGUGCUGGUAGUUCUCACAAGUCACCUACAAUUGCAAGUCCUCCUGCCACAGUUUCACCAACUCAUAGAUACCUCGGGAGGACGAGUGGCCCUAUAAGGCGAGCGAAAGGUGGAUGGACUCCGGCAGAGGAUGAGACAUUGAGACGAGCAGUUGGCACGUAUAAAGGGAAGAGCUGGAAGAAUAUAGCGAAAUUUUUCCCUGAUAGAACUGAAGUUCAAUGCCUGCACCGGUGGCAGAAAGUUCUAAAUCCAGACCUUAUUAAGGGACCUUGGACACAAGAGGAGGAUGAGAAAAUCGUUGAACUCGUUGAAAAAUACGGGCCUGCGAAAUGGUCUGUUAUCGCACAGUCUUUACCAGGUCGAAUUGGGAAGCAAUGUCGAGAAAGGUGGCACAACCAUUUGAAUCCUGAUAUUAACAAGGAUGCUUGGACCUCAGAGGAAGAAGUAGCUCUCAUGAAUGCUCAUCGAAGCCACGGAAACAAAUGGGCUGAAAUUGCUAAGGUCUUACCUGGCAGGACUGAUAAUGCAAUAAAGAACCAUUGGAAUAGUUCACUGAAAAAGAAGUCAGAAUUCUACUCAAUGACUGGUAGGUUACCACCACCAACAACAACAAAGAAUGGUCUUCCUGAUAGUGUAACCAAACGUUCAUCGUCCUCUCAGAAAAGGGUUUUUGGUUCAGUUACUCAAACCUUGUCAGGAACUACAGAUAUAAACAAUCCCGAUGAAGGCGGAAAUGGCCAUAUAAAUUCUUCUGUUCCGCUUGAAGAAGUAGUAGCUGCUUCACGAAUGACUGGUGUUAAUGAGUAUGCUCGUUCUCCUCAGUUGCCUAACCCAGAGCCAUUGCCAGAGAAUGGUGGAGCUGCAAAUAAUGGUUAUCAUCUGUACUACACGCCUCAAGUAGAGUAUUACAUGGCGUCAGAAGCGGAUACGCAGCGUAUGUAUGGGUAUGAAUGUGGUUGCAGUCCAAGUGCAUCACCAGUUAGCUUCUUCACUCCACCGCCAUGUAGAAAUGCGUACAGUAACGGUUCAACUCCAAGAAGUCCUGAAUCUUACCUGAGAGAAGCUGCUAGAACUUACCCAAACACACCAUCCAUUUUCAGGAAAAGACGACCCAGGGUUGUUGUUGAGGAUAACAACAAUGCCGAGAAAACAGAUGAAGCUAAAGAGGUGGAUCAAAAGGUGAAUGAUGGUAAGGAUAGUUCAGAAAGCCCUAACUGUGAAGAGAUUCAAAAGAAUGGAUCAAAUGCUUACAAUCUAUCUCCUCCGUAUCGGAUAAGAUCGAAAAGGACAGCAGUUUUCAAAUCAAGACAGCUUGAGUUUAUAUCUGCAGAGGAAGAGAAAGUUGAUGAUGAAACCAAAUCAUCUGAGAAAGAUAUGUUGAUUGAUGGAGAUUCUCAACUCCUAGUCUAAACAGAGACUUGUCUUUACACGCUGAAUGUUGUUUCAUUGGGUUUUAUAUUCUUUUUUUAUUUUUGGGUUAAAGCUAGAGAUGUUAGAUGUAUUUAAUCCAAAGAAUAAUUUACACCUCAUAUU